AUGUUGGUUCAAAAUUUAUUUGAAUAUGGUGUAAGACCAACAUUAAGAACUACUCGUCAAAUCUCUACAAUUAUUGAUUCAAAACGUACCUAUACCAUAGUCACCAAUGCUAUACGAUAUAAUGUCCUUCGCACGAUUUCUUCAUUUCCGAUAACAUUUUAUCAAUAUAAUUUAUUAAACCAACGAAAGAUCGAUGGAUUAUUAAUACGAAAACAGUCUGGAUCAACUCCAUCAUCGAAUAAUAAUAGUCAAUCGGUAAUAUCUGAGAAAAUUGUUUCAAUUAAAGCACCAGUUUCUACCGUAUUGAAAGUUCGAACACGAAAAUCAAAAGUAACUGAUUAUACUGCAAGUUAUACUGAAAAUAAUUUUCUUACAGCUGUACGAGCUAUGAAUGAAUAUUUAUUAAAACCAUCUGAUUUGGAAACACUUAAACAAUACAAAACACGUUCACCUUAUUCAGAUGUUGUUGAGUCUGCUGAAAUGUUAACAGUCUAUCGACGAGGUGAUGUUGAAAAACGAGCUUAUGAAGUAUGGGGUAGUCCAGAAAUGUUAAAUAAAGCAAAAGCUAAACGAACCAAAGCACGACAACAAGAAUAUGAAGCUAUAUUUAGUUUAAAAAAAUCAUUAAAAGAAUAUCAAAAACGUUUAUCAAUGCUUGAAAAUACUUCAUUUGAUAAUCAAAAAUCAGCUACAAAUUCUAUACUUGCAACUGGUGGUGGAAAAGUAGUUGUUGCUGCAGUUCUUAUUAAUGCAACAAAUGCUGUAAUAAAAACAAUUGGAUGGUUAUUUACAGGUUCAGCAUCGUUAUUUUCCGAAGCUGUACAUUCGAUUGCUGAUACAUGUAAUCAACUUAUUUUAACAUUUGGUUUAUAUCAAUCAAUUAAAAAACCAAAUCCAGAACAUCCCUAUGGAUAUUCUAAUAUGACUUAUAUUUCAUCGCUAAUAAGUGGCGUUGGUAUAUUUUGUUUUGGUACAGGUUUAGCAUGGUAUCAUGGUGUUUUAGUUUUAUUACAUCCUCAAGAAAUGGAAUCUGUUUUUUGGGGUUUAGCUUUACUGAGUGGUGCAUUAAUCUCUGAAAGCGCAACACUUUAUAUGGCUGUCACUGAAAUUCGGGCAUCAGCUAAAGAGUCAGGAUUACGAUUCUGGGAAUAUGUCAGUCAAGGUUAUAAACCAAAUGUAAAUGUCGUUCUACUUGAAGAUCUAGCAGCAGUUUUAGGCGUUUGUGUAGCUGCAUCAGCAAUGAGUCUUUCACUUUAUCUUCAAUCACCUAUUCCAGAUGCUAUUGGAUCAUUGAUUAUUGGCGCUAUUUUAGGUGGUGUUGCUUCAUUUAUUAUUUAUUCAAAUACAGUUGCACUUGUUGGCCGAUCGAUUCAUCCAAAUCAAAUUGAAGCAAUAAAUAGUGAUUUAGAAAAUGAUCGAAUGGUUCGUGCUCUAUAUGAUAUUAAAGCAACUGAUAUGGGUUCACAAUCAGUAAUGUUUAAAGCUGAAGUUGAUAUUGAUGGACGAGAAAUAACUCGAUCCUAUUUGGAAAAAGUUGAUAUUCAAGUUAUUCUUGAAGAAAUGAAAAAAGUUGAUUCAAUUGAAUUAGCUGAAGCAUUUCUUCUAAAACAUGGUGAAAAUAUUGUUGACAGAGUUGGAGCUGAAAUUGAUCGUAUUGAACGAAAUCUUCGAAAAAAACAUCCUUAUCUACGACAUGUUGAUUUAGAAGUCCUUUAA